AUGAGUCCGAAACACGUUGUCUUCAAGAAAGUUUCCCGCGACAAGUCGGUGGCCGUCUACAUGGCCCAGAGAGACUUUGUGGAUCACUGCGACUUUGUGGAUCCAGUCGAUGGAGUGAUCCUCAUCGACCCGCAGCUGCUGCAGGGAAAGAAAGUGUACGUGAUGUUGUCGUGCACGUUUCAAUACGGACGCCAGGACACGGACGUGCUGGGCGUGGCCUUCAGGAGGGACCUGUUCCUGCUGACUCGGCAGGUUUAUCCUGAGCUGCAGGACAAGGACAAUCUAACUCACACUAAGAUGCAGAGGAAGCUGCUGCAAAAGCUCGGAGACAACACGUUCCCGUUCUUCUUUGAGUUUCCAGACAACCUGCCGUGUUCCGUGGCUCUGCAGCCGGGACCUUCGGAUGUGGGAAAGAAAUGUGCCGUGGAGUUUGAGGUUAAAGCGUUCUGUGGUCAGCACCAGGACGAGAAGACCAACAAACAGAGCUCAGUUCGUCUCAGUAUCCGUAAGAUCCAGUUCAGUCCAGAGAACCAGGACCUGGUUCCUUUGGCAGAGAGCACCUUCGAGUUCCUGAUGUCAGAGAGACCUCUGUCCGUCAAACUGAGCCUGUCCAAAGAGACCUUUUAUCAUGGUGAGCCGGUCAUGGUGAACGUUGACAUCACAAACUCGUCCAACAGGAACAUCAAAGACAUCAGUGUGUCAGUCGAGCAGGUGACCAACGUCGUUCUUUACUCCAACGACAAAUACGUCAAGUCCGUCGCUAAAGAGGAAACCGAGGACUGUGUUCCAUGUGGGACGUCUCUGAAGAAACACUACACACUGUUUCCUGUUCUGACUCACAACAAAGAUCGUAGAGGAGUCGCUUUGGACGGACGACUGAAACAUGAAGACACAAGCCUGGCUUCAUCCAGCAUUGUGAAACAGGAAGUGAUGAAGGAGGUUCAGGGGAUCCUGGUGUCGUAUAAAGUGUUGCUGAGGAUGAUCGCCAGUGGGACGCUGGCAUCCAGUGAGGUGUCUCUGGAGGUUCCGUUCAGACUCAUGAAUCCAAAACCUGAACCAGGAGAAUCUAGAUCUUUCAGAAGCUCCUCAGAGGCUGACGACAUGGUGUUUGAGGACUUCAAGCGAGCCUACCUGAAGGGCGUGGUCUACGGAGAUGAUGAUGAGUCUCCUACUGAGGCGUGA